AGAGCAAAAACUAAAAUCAUUACCCAACUCAAACCCCAAAAACUUUUUUAGCCGAAAAGGACACAAGCCACCACAAAUGCCAACUUACACAGAUAAUUUAAAUUACAAAGGGGCAUUUUGGCCAACAAAAGUACCUACCCUUAACAAACAACCUCUUUCACUGGCUUAUCAUAACCCUUCUGCUAUAUAUACCCUCUCUGUCUGACAUCAAUUCCAACCACUUUACUUCCUACAAUUGAUUCCAUGGCAGAGCUUGAGAGUCCUUCUGUUAUGCCUAAGUUGAUAUCUUUUCUCUCUUCUCUGCUCAAAAGGGUUGCUGAAUCUAAUGAUCUCAACCAGCAACAACUCCACCAAAAGGUCUCCGUUUUUCAUGGCUUGACUUGCCCCACCAUCUCUAUUCAAAGCUAUCUUGAGAGAAUUUUCAAGUAUGCAAACUGCAGUCCAUCAUGCUUCAUUGUUGCAUAUGUCUAUCUUGAUCGCUUCACUCAGAGGCAACCCUCCUUGCCUAUCAACUCCUUCAAUGUGCAUCGGUUACUCAUCACCAGCGUUAUGGUGGCUGCAAAAUUCAUGGAUGACUUGUACUACAACAAUGCUUACUAUGCAAAAGUUGGAGGAAUCACUACAAUAGAGAUGAAUUUUCUUGAGGUGGACUUCUUAUUUGGCUUGGGUUUCCAUUUAAAUGUAACCCCUGGUACCUUCCAAGCUUACUGUGCACAUCUCCAAAGAGAAAUGUUGCUGAUGCAACCACUGACUUUGGCAGAUUCUUCCCUAAGUUUAGGAAAAUCACUAAAGGCACAUUUAUGCUUCAACGAGGAUGAAUCAUCUUCCCAUCAAAAGCAACAACAAUUAGCUGUUUGAUUUUCUUGCAUUUUCUCAAUGCAUGUAAUCAGUGCUCUAGCUGUAGAUGUAGUGAACCUAUUACAGAUUUGCAAAUUAAAUCAUUUUGCUCCUUUCUUUGUGUCUCCAAUUAGUUUUUGUUUUCUAUUUCUGAAUUCUGGUUGAUUAAAUUAUUUGGUAUUGUACAGAGUUACAGAUAACUGUCUCUUCUUUACAGUCUGGCUAGAUAAGUCUAGUAUUUUAGUUCUUCUGAUAUAAUAAUCAAUGGUUUUUUGUAUGGUUGAGACCGAUUCUCGUCCACCUUUGGAUUCCAUA